UAAGUUUGAAUGAAAUUUCUGUUAAUUUCGAGUUAUUGAUCAGAGUAGAUAUAGAUUAUGAUGUAACGGGCCUUUGUCGCCAGGACGUGUUUCGCAUGUUGCCGAUGUUUCGUUGUUGCUGCGGCCAUUCGGGUCGCGUCCGUCGACCUUCCAGACGGGUAUUUGGUUUUUGAAAAUUGCCGGCUUGGGUAUUUCGAAAAGUCGAGGGGCUAACAGUAAGUGAGUGAGAGAGAGAGAGGAAGAAAGACGGAUCGAAGAAAAGAUCCUGGCGAGUGGUGGUGAAGAAGAAGAAGAAGGAGGAUUAAAAAAAAAGAAAUAUGGUCGACCCGAUAGGUGAGAGCGGGCACGAUAUUGUAGCCAAAUUCAGACCGGUAUUUAUCUGCCAUUGUUUAUUAUGAUGUUUAUCACACCGAAUGCAAUGUUGGAAAUGGCUCCGAAGGCUUGUUUAUAAUAGUGAGAGACAAGGUAGGCGGCAAUCCGCACGGCCCACCGAUCUAGGCCAGCGCCCAUCCUCAUCAUUUUUCUUAAUUUUCCUUCAAUCCCUUCUGUACCUUCAUCUACCGAAAUUUUUGCACCACGGGAAGGAAUCCGUGAGAAGUUGUGUGGGAUCAGGGAAAGAGAACUGAACUGAAAAUGUACCCAUCUAGUGGCUGUGUGUGUGUGAAAUCAUAGAUAUGAGUCAUUUAUCACCAUUCCGGGUAAAUGUACCAAACCUGGGUACAGAGCUGUCCAGUGGUGUCUCUAACCCAAAGAAGAGGCGAAAAAAUGGACAGACCCCAACAAUACCACCAACCCCAAAUGUGCAGGACUUGUAUGCACCACCAAUAUCAGGAUUCGGAGACACUAUUGUUGCCUCCAACCCUUUUGAUGAUUGCCCCAGCAUGAACAUGGCCAUGAUCAGGAACCCAAAUCCCAUGGGUAUGGGUUCCAACAUGCCCAUGGGUAUGAACAUUUGCAACAGGCCAAUGGGUGGUCCUCCUUUGUCAUCAAUGGCACCACAUCACAACCAUCCCGGUAUGAUGAUGAAUGGGCCUCGGAUGAAUGGUCCACCCAUGAAUGGGCCUCAAAUGAAUGGCCCUCCAAUGGGUAACCCAAUGGGACCACAUAUGAUUCCUAGUCCAAACGGACCUAUGCAUGGUCCUAUUCCAGGUCCAAUACAAAGUCCAAUUAACAAUAUGGGACCAUCGCCUAUGCCGGGUCAGAUGCAAGGCAAUGGACCCAUUAAUGGGCCUAUGAUCAGUCCUAUGGGUCCAAUGAACAAUGGUGGACCUCUAGGUCCAAUGAACAGCCCUAUGAACGGACCUGGGCCUAUGAAUGGUAUGUCGUCGCCCAUGAACGGUCCCAUGAAUGGAAUGGGAAAUAACAUGAACAGUCCUAUGGGUGGACCACAAUGUAAUAUGAAUUCAGGGCCAAUGAAUAACAAUUUUAUGAUGCCUCUGAACAACAUUUAUCAGAAACCUUUGCCUGUGAGUGCAGGCAAAGUCUACCCCGCAGAUCAAUCAAUGGUUUUUAAUUCACAAAAUCCUAACGCGCCGCCAAUUUACCCAUGCGGCGUCUGCCAUAAAGAGGUGCACGAUAACGAUCAAGCCAUCCUAUGUGAGAGUGGCUGCAACUUCUGGUUCCAUAGGGGAUGUACCGGUUUAACGGAAGCCGCGUUUCAGCUUCUUACAGCCGAGGUCUACGCGGAAUGGGUGUGCGACAAAUGCCUGACGUCGAAGAACAUACCCCUAGUGAAAUUUAAGCCAUGAUUAGGUCAGAGUAAGAAUAGAAUUAGAAUUGGACACUCGAAUAAAUCUAAACAUAGCGAG